AUUUAACAAGCAUUGUUAUUAAAAGAAUUCUUAAUAGAAUGGGAUUUUUUACAAAAGCGGAAGCUAAAGCCCAAGAAAAAAUAGAUACAUCGCCAAAACCUGAUUCAACGUCCAGCGACAAGCCUAAAACUGAAACAAAUUCCCACAAUGACCAAGACAGUACCCCUAAAGAAUGGGGUUACGACUUAUAUCCAGAGAGAAGAAGCGAAGGUUUUAAGCCAAAAUGGUCGCGUGUUUUUUUGGGUCUAGAAGGUCAUGAAAAUAUCGAUAAACUGAAAUGUGAACGUAACGUUUAUUGGUGUGCCAAAAAUAGUCCACUAGUCAAACUUAUGAUGGGUGCUUUAAAAAGUUCUGGUUGCCCAAUCGAUUUGCGUAGACAUAUCUCUUGUGAGGUUUGCGAUACUACAGUUACCGGUGGUUAUGAUCCUGUCUUAAAUCAAAUUGUGGUUUGCCAAAAUAUGGCGAGAAAACAAGGCAUGGUUCAGGGCGUGCUUACUCAUGAAAUGAUUCAUAUGUUUGAUUAUUGCAAUAAUGAAUUAGAUUUUCGUAACAUUGACCAUUUGGCUUGCACGGAAAUCAGAGCAGCUAAUUUAGCUCAUUGCUCGUUUUUGAGUGCCAUGAUGCAAGGUGAUGCUUCGCUUUUUAACAUUAAACAAGCGCAUCAGAAUUGUGUUAAGACCAAAGCUUUGGCUUCCGUUUUGGCUGUGCGUAAUGUGUCACGUCAAGCUGCCAUUGAAGCAGUGGAAAGAGUCUUCUCUAGAUGUUAUAAUGAUUUGGAGCCUAUUGGGCGCCGCAUUAGGCGUAAUUCUCCUGAUCAGCAUAGAGCUUAUUUGGAAGGACCUAUGAAUGGACUAGAGACUAAGCGGAAUGGUGUCGCCGGAAGCGGAAUCAUAACAGUAUUUUUUGUGACUAGCAGGCAGCUGUAUUUCUUGCAAGAAAUUUCACAGUCAGCGAAAGCACGGUCUCACAAAUGCUAAUGUUGAAAUAGAUGCAGAUGUGUUAAUGCAGCCUUUAACUGACCGAAAUUAUUACAAAGGGAAUUGCGAUUAAAAUUAUUGGAAAUAGUAGAUACUGUAUGAGACUAAUAUACCGAUAUUUAAGUAAAAUUGGGCGUGGCAUAUCGAAUAUCAGAAAUAUGUUGUUUUAAAUUGAUAGCACUAUGACAGCCAAAUGUACACUACGCACACGACUCGGAAAGAACGGAUGAAGCAAGCGGAUAUUGUGCAAAAGGUGAGCAAGAGCGUGAAAACCGCGCCAAAAUCGUUAAAAAAUUAAACCAAUGUUGACAGUUUUCUCCGUUUUUGGUGGUGUUCCGUAUUAGGAAUUCCUUCCACCAGGUCAACCCUUAACGAGGAAUAUUAUUGGAUUUUGACGAUUGCUUUGAAGACGAUUUGGAAAAAUAGUUUUAAAAAAAAAAAGAAAAAUGAAAAAUUGGUCUUACUUUUUGGACACGGUGUAUAUGAACUUCUUUAAGCUAUGCAUUAAAAUUUCACUUAUGUGAAAGUUAUAUUUAAGGACAAAACCCGCUUAGUUUGCGUUGUAAAUUUGUUAAAUGUUCAUAUUUACAUACACACGUUACUUUUGAUUUCUUCAAUCAAAAAACAACAUUACACAAAACCGAAUAAACCAAGAAUAUGAAAGAAGUCGAAAGAAUGAGUAUAGAAACUUGAAUAGCGAGUAGAGAGGAUAGA